AUGAGAAAUUAUUAGUCAUAGCAUAAAAAUCAUAUGAAGCUCACAACCAAAACUAAAUAAUAAUUUAAGAAAUUGUUUUUAAUAAAAAAGGAUAAGUAUACAUUUAUUUCAUAAUAUUUUUAGUCUCUUUUCAAAGUUAUCAUAAAAAACAUCAUCACUUAUUACAUGUUUUUUAAAUAUAUAAGAAUUCAACACUUUACUUUUAGUUUCAAAAACUACAUAUUAAAUAUUUAAUCAAACCUCUGGUUGUUUUCAAAUAGAAUGUUUAAGACUGUUGAAUGUUAAGUGUGAGUUAAUUUAAUCUUAAAAUUGGAAAAUACUCUUAUAAAGUGUAAUGUGUAUUCCAAUAAGAUCAUUACCUUAUGGAGAAGCAAUCAAAAGUGUAAGAUAUUAAAUUAAAUAAUUUCCAAUCUUUAUAGAACAGAAAAUAAAUUACUGUGGAUUUUAGAAGGCUUUUCUAUAUUAUGAAAGUUAACUUAGUGAAAAAAAAAAAUUUAUUAAAACUGUUGAUUACAGAUCAGCGCUACAUUUUGCAUCAAAUAACACAGAUAUAUUAUUAAGAGUAAGGUAAGGAUUUGAAAUCCAUACACAAUUACCAGAACUACUGAUUUUAAUCUAUAAUUUACAUGAUUAUGUAAAAAUAUUUUGUAAAUAUCUGGAAAUAAGAUUUUCUAAAUGUAACUUAGAAUAAUUUAUAUAAAUUUGGCAUCAUUAUUAGGGAUGGAUAAGUUCAGUAGAAAAUUAAACAUUUGACUUAAUAUUCUUGUUUAAUAAAAUCAUUGAUGAAAGUCUACAUUAAUACAAAUUACCAAAAUAUACUAUCCGUCAUUUUAUGGUAUGUGAAUGGAUGAAGAAAGCGAAUAAAGGAGAACUCAUUGUCAAGUUAAGAGAAGACUUUAGAUUAUAAUGA